GCGGAGCGGCGGGAGCAGCGGGGGCAGCGGGGCCGGCAGCCCCCCCAGCAGCAGCACCGGCAGCAGCAGCAGCCGCCGCAUGCCCGGGCGGGCGGGGUUGUCGCCGUCCAUGCGGGGCGGCGGGGCGUGAGGCGGCGGCAUGAGCCAGAGCGAGGUGUCGGCGUGCGCGGCGCCGCCGCCCAGCCAGCGCGUCUUCCAGGAGGCGGUGCGGCGGGGCAACACCAAGGAGCUGCAGUCCCUGCUGCAGAACAUGACGAACUGCGAGUUCAACGUCAACUCCUUCGGGCCCGAGGGGCAGACGGCGCUGCACCAGUCCGUCAUCGACGGCAACCUGGAGCUGGUGAAGCUCCUGGUGAAGUUCGGCGCCGACAUCCGCCUGGCCAACCGCGACGGCUGGAGCGCGCUGCACAUCGCCGCCUUCGGGGGCCACCAGGACAUCGUCCUCUACCUGAUCACCAAGGCCAAAUACUCCGCCGGGGCCCGGUGAUGCCGGGGCCGCCCCCUCUUCCUCCCCUCCCCGCUCCCCCGGCCGCCAAAGCUGCUCCCGCCCCCCCGUGGGGUUUAUUUGGCGAAGAUUUGGGGCCCCACGCAAAACACGCCGCCGUUUGCCUGCUUUUACAUUAUAUAUAUAUAUUAUUUUUUUUUUCCUUCCAAGGGUUGUUUUCCUACUGUAAUGUGGUUUGUUUGGUUUUUUUUCUUCCAUCUACCUCGGCUGCACUCACAGUAUUCACGGUUUCAGUUUGACAUCUGGUCAGAUGCUUUAAGGGCCCCCGUUCCCCCCCCCCGUCCCCCUCGUCCCCUCCAGCUAAUAUUUAAUCCUCCCUCCCUACUCCCCUCGUUCCCUUCCACUUAAAGUAUUCUGGCUCAGAACCGAUUUCAUUUCAACCCCCUCAGCCUCCACUCCCCGCCGCUCCCGGGGGGUGCCGGGGUCCCCCCGCCCGAGCGAUCCUUCCCGGCCUGGAGGAGCCGCCAAGUUCCUUCCCUCUGCUUCUCCCAGGGUUUUCCCACCACCGGUUUAUUUUUUUCGAGGCGACUCCGUUGGAAUAUGACAGACACGCUUUUCUCACCCCGGUGUUAUUUUUUUUUUUAUGUUGGGUUUUUUGUUUGUCUUUUUUGUUGUUGUUGUUCGAAUUCGUGUUGGGUUUUUCUGCUUUUGGUUUGUCAUUUCUGGGUGUCUGAGGAACAUCUGUGUCCUCACCCGCUCCUUGAAUCCAUUAAGCACGCGUGAGAUCCCAGGAAAAGACGUUGAAUCCUUCUGGUUUUAUGUGUAAAGGGGGAUUAGCAAAUCCUGGACUUUUUUUUUUUUUUAAUUGAAAUAAACUCCAGGGGCAGAGGAUUUGCUUUUGCACAGCGAAGGGGCGCGAGCGCUCUCUGCUGCCUAGAGAUGCCAGAAAACUACUGAAAAGAGUUUGGGACCUUUAUUUUUUUGUUUGUUUUGUUGUUUGUUUUUCCUUUUGGUGAAACUUGGAUAACACUUCUCAAUGCAGAACGAUUCAUUUGACGUAUGUUAAAUUCACCUGCCUUUUAUAUGAUAUAUAUAUGUGUAAAUAUAUAUAUUUAUAGAAGAAAGGGAGGAAGAAGAGCAAGCCACCCGAAGUUGCAUUGUGAAGUGACUGCACGUAUCAUCGCAAAUGCUGCUUUUUUGUUGCUAUGGCACAAGAACAUCCAUAUGGAAAACAUGGAAAGUUUCAGAAGUCUCCUUUCUCCCGCUGGUCUUUCAGUUCUCUUCUCUUCGUCUGCACUAAAACCAUCUGUGUCACUGCCAUCUUCCUGCUCUCUCCUCUCUUGCUCCCUGCAUCCAAACCAUUAUGGAGAAAAAAAAAAAAAAAAAAAGGAAAAUAAGUUACCUGCUGGUUUAUUUGGGUUGUCUUAACUAUUUAUCAUGUAUGUAAUAUAUACGUGGGUGAAGACUGUGAGCCUGGUUUUGUUUGAAGCUGGUGGUGAGAGCUUCAAAAAUAUGGUUUGGGAAAUAAUGCUUUUUUGUUUUGUUUUCUUAGUCUUAGAACUAAAAAAAAAAAAGAAAGAAAGAAAAAAAAAACAGCAAAACUUGAUUCUGCCAUGAUUGUUUCCCGUUGCACUGAACAUUCUGCUUUGUCUCUGAUGGUUUCACCUGCCGUUUGGUUUUGGUUUUCUCCGGUUCAACGACUCGAGAUGAUUUUUUCAAAGCUCCCGAUUUAAAGAAGGAAAAGGAAAGAAAAAAAAAAAAAAAAGAACAGCCCUGUCAAAAGUGUCUACUGUUAAUGCUGUAAUUUACAAGGAACUGCUUGGCCGAAGUCUUUCUGCGAGCAUGGAAGGGGGUGUCCAGCACUUCCACUGGUGCUUCUGUGCGAUAGGGGUGGGAACAAGAUCUUUUCUAGCAAGGUUUGAUCGUUGUUACCAGAUGGUUGCACAUUUAUUUUAUUUUUUUUACUAGAUGGAUUUGCCACAAUGAAAUGUCAUAACAUUUAUGACAUGAUAUUAAAAAGUGUAUUGUAAAGCCAAGUUCUAGAUGGAUUUUUAAAAAGAAAUCUUGGUUAUAAACCCAGUCUAAAGGGAGCUCUGUCCAGUGUUGUAAAGACAACAUGAUGUAACCCAUAUUUAUAUUUUUAUAAAAUACCUAUUAAGACUGUGAA